GAAAGAGGCAAUAAUUAGGAGCUGGACCAGCGUGCUGGGUGUGGGAGAGAUAGAGAACCAACAUGAACUCUUGUCGGUUGUUCUGCAAGACAAAACUUGCAGUGUAGUCAUCACUCUCCCUGAGUGCAAAACAACCUUUUUUUUAGCUCAUUUUUCUGCUGCUUGAUGGAUGCUAGGAAACAACACCUUCUUCUAUGCCCUCUUAUUCCCCAUCUCAUAAAUUAACAUUCACUUCACAAUUCUCUCUCUUGUUCUAUGUCAAAACUUGUUCUACAGGUUUAGCACACAGAACGUCAAUAUCAAGAUGAGCACAGGAAACAACAUUGUUAUUGGUGUGCAAGUCACCUUUCUUUGAUUAAGUCUGUUCUUAAUUAGAGGGGAUGAAUUAGGGUUGAACACACUACUACAGGAUGAUCAGGAAAAUUCACUUGCCAGAUACAGGAGAUUAUUAAAAUAAGAAAAAAAGAAAAAAUAGAGGGGAAUGAGAUUAAGUUUAGAUCUUGGCCUUCUUUAUUGAUGGACAUGAGAGAGCAAGAUAAGGUAAUAGAGAUGCCUACCACUUUGGGUUAUAACCUCUCCAAUAGAAAUUCAUCUUCCUCCAAAUUAUCAUCACCAAUAGGGGAAAGAAAUGACCAACCUCCUCAAUCUCAAACGUUGAUUUUCAGUGAUUCACAUCAUCACCAUCCCCUCAACCCACCAAACCCUCUUCAACUUCCACAUCCUCACAGACCCAGAAGAGAUCCAGAUCCAACUCCUAUUUCUCCUCCUGUCAUAACCACCCCAAGAACACAACCACACUCAACACCAACAUUCAGAUACCGAGAAUGUCUCAAGAAUCAUGCUGCCAGCAUGGGGGGUCAUGUCACAGAUGGGUGUGGGGAGUUUAUGCCAAAUGGAGAAGAAGGCACCCCAGAAUCCUUCAAGUGUGCAGCUUGUGAGUGCCACCGCAAUUUCCACAGAAAAGAACCUGAAGGCGAAUCAUCACAACACCAUGUUCUCAACUACCACCUCACUUACCCCAACAAAACCAAUAGAAACAUUGUUAUUCAUUCUCCGCAAUCUCAUCUUCAGUUACCUACACCCCACCUUCACGGGUUGGUGGCUACACCUUCAGGUGGGCCGGUUCAGCCCGCGAUGUUGGGCUUUGGGGGGACCCCAGCUGAGUCCUCAAGCGAAGAUCUCAACAUGUUUCAGACCGAUGAUGCAGGGCAAUUAUUAUCAGCGCAGCCACCACUGUCAUCAUCCAAGAAGAGGUUCAGGACAAAGUUCUCACAGCAACAAAAGGAUAAGAUGAUGGAGUUUGCUGAGAAACUGGGGUGGAAGAUCCAGAGACAAGAUGAACAGGAACUGCAUCAGUUUUGCUCUCAGGUCGGUGUAAAAAGACAGGUUUUCAAGGUUUGGAUGCACAACAGCAAGCAAGCCAUGAAGAAGAAGCAAAUGUAAGCCUAGAUUAAUCAAUUCCAUCUCUUUCAGAUUAAUUGUUGAUUUUUUUCUUAAAAAAAUUUGUGUUCAAUAAAAACACUCAAAGACUUUAAAAUCUUAGA